GUGUGUGUUUCUAUCCUAAUCCAUUCUGGCAGUGGUCAAUGAUAUGUCGCUUUUUCCGUCGUCGAGGCAGAUACCUCCUUUAUCUCCUUUCCCUGGUCUGCGCCUUUUAACUGCCCGUAACGGCGUGUCGAGCUCACGCAAAAGAUCGGGGGACAAUGCGAGUAUCUACUCGCGGGAUUGGUUCACUUGGUACACAACCUAUUCGCUGACAAGCUCGUGAGUCCCAGGAAGACGUGACAGACGUCGACAUCCACUUUCUGUGUAUUCUAGAACCGCGCAUGCGUGUCUGGUGACCACUUGUGUCUCGUCAUUGUACGUUUUCGGAGCCUCCACCCCGCCGUUUUUUUUCUUUUCAAUGGUCAACAGACACACCUGUCUUCCCAUUUAUGUUGGGGAGCGCUUCAAAGUCUAUCUUCGUCGAGACUCCAGUGUGUCGGCUUUCGAGUUUGGGGGUCCUCGCGUACGGCGAGUUCACCGUGUACAAGCUGACACGCAUUUUCGUCCCCGUAACACGGUUGACGGUUCCGUUUUCCUUGUCAUGACGCCGGCGAUGCAUGCGCCUUGAAGGGAGAGUCGGUGUCUCAUCCCUUUCCGUGUGGUAAGACAUCUCCAGUUCCAGGUCGUGGAAGACUCCGGAGUCGUGAGCCAAACGCCAAUCGCCGCCGGUGGCAAGGGCAUUUCUUCCGUAAGCGUCCAGGAAUAAGUCCACCGCGUGCAUCUUCUGUCAGCUCAUCUUCGAUCCUUCGUACGGUUCGCACUGCCAUUGCUACUUGCGGUUCACUAGGAAGGAGAGAAAGGCGUGAAAGCACGACGUCUCGCUGGUGGGAAGGACGCGAGUUAUCGCGCAAAAACAACCACGGUUCCUUGUCUCUUUCGACCAGAAAAGAUACCCGAGAUGAUCAAGGCGGUUAUCGUGGUGAACAAUCACGGGAAGCCGAGGCUUCUCCGUUUCUACGAUGGCACCCCUCACGAGAAGCAGCAGCACAUCCUGAGGCGGACUUACCAGGUGGUCUCGCAGCGACCUGGCGAUUCGUCUUGCUGUUUCGCGGAAGACAAGGAGCUCUUCGGCCUCGAAACAAAGAUCGUUUACAGGCACUUUGCAACCUUGUAUUUCAUCUUCAUCACUGACGAGAUGGAAAGCGAACUUGGAGUUCUCGAUCUUAUUCAGGUCUUCGUCCAGGUCCUGGAUUCGUGCUUCGAGAAUGUGUGUGAACUGGAUCUCAUCUAUCACUUCGACAAGGCAAACUUUAUUUUGGACGAAAUCAUCGUCGGAGGAUUGGUCAUUGAGACCAAUGUCGACAACAUCCUUCAGUCCAUCAGCAGCGUGAAGAAGCUAGUGGACAGCGAAGCCUCUCUGUUCGCUGCGGCUUGAGGGAAUCGAACAACUGGAAAUUCCAGGAACGUUCAGUUCCGACCCGCAUCGGUGCACGUGGGUCGACACUCGACGAACGACUCAUACUUUCCGUGGUUUUCGCGAGAGCGUCUAUUGGAGUCAAAUAGAUGGGCAGUUUCCUGACAACUAAAAGCAACUUUUUAGGUCGUGGCAGUCAGCUGUCCUCAGGGUAAAUAUUUGCUGGGGUCGUUGCUCGGGAUGCCGGAUCUCCCUCAUAAUUCAGGUGCGGCAGAAGCCCAGCGGGCCAGUUUCCUCUGACGAUGCCCUUUGUGUACAUGAAUUGUUCAUAGAUAAUUUUCACGGCACUUUAGGAACAUCAAAGUGUCGCAGGGCGUGCAUUUUGAGUGUCGUCACGCUGAGAGUUCGAGGGUUGAACCGAAUUAACGACAUUCCGUACUAUCAUGUUAAACGUGAAGCGUGAAGGGGCACUGACUGCGAUCGUAGUCAGACUGUUAUCGAUCCGCCUAGACAACUCACCACGAAUGUGGGAUCAAAAGUUCUCCA